CUAGGAAAUAGAAUGAGCCAAUCCAAACCGGUUUAACAUAAAGUUCCAGAUAUCAUGACCAAUCAGGGUACCGACCAAUCAGCCGCCUUCAUUCAUCAUUGCAUGACAUGCUAGAUGUUUGUUACAGAUUCCACGAAUGUGCUGUCACAUUCCUUUUUCUUAUGUUUAUUUUGCUUAUAAUUCGUGUUCAAACUUCACCAAGUGAAAAAUACAAGUGUCUGCAGUUUGUCUCGGUUCAACUUCAAGUGUAGUUUGUUGCCUCCAAGUCCAAUCGAGUCUUCAUCAUGGCUGAUGCUCCAGACACAAAGUACUGUGCCAACUGCAAACGAGAUAUAGCAGCGGCCAAUUUUGUUAUGCAUGAAGUGCACUGUCGACGAAACAUUGUGCUGUGUAAGAAAUGUCAUGAGCCAUAUCCAAAGUCAGAACUGGAUGAUCACAUCGAAGAGGACCACAGUGAAGUUGCAUGCGACAAGUGUCUCAAGAAAUUCGAAAGGGCAAAGUUAGAAAACCAUAAGGAAAAUGACUGCCCAAAAAGGAUGAUGAAAUGUGUUUACUGUGAAAUUGAGAAAGCUAGAGAUGAACUUGAUGAACAUCUAGAGUUUUGUGGCACCAGGACUGAACAGUGCUAUAAAUGUCAACGAUUCAUUAUGAUUAAAGACCAACAACGUCAUGAUGACUCUGACUGCUCAUAUCCUGAACAGAAACCAAACCUCAUACAAAAUGGUGCCUCUAAUCAUCCUGCAGGCCCUGGACGUUUGAACUCCUUUGUGUUCAAUGAACUAACCAGGAUGGUCGACAUUCCCCGAAUACAAAAUAACUUGGACGAGAUGUCGAUUGAUUCUGAUGACGUAGAACUGCCCCCACCUCACCGACCUAUUGCGACACGGCGUCCUGCUCAGGCUAAUAAUAGACCAACUGCUGUUAAGAACACUAGUCUUGUCACUAAAAAGGUUGGAAAUGUUUCCAAAAAUACCAAUGCUACAACCAGGAGAACUGAAGUGAGCAAAAACAUAAGAUCUUCUUCGUCAGUUACACAGAAAAACCAGUCGGCAGUGAACAGACAGACUGCCCUCCCCACAACCAGUAAGACUAGUAACACAAGUACUACUGGCAAUACUACUUCAACUAAAACAGGUGUUAAUAACCAUAAUAACUACUCGGAUGCCGGCGCUAGCAGUUCAGAUCUUGACCGCCUAAUGGAAAUGCCUGGAAACUUUAUGACAGAUGAAGUUUAUGCCCAACUUGUGGCCCAGUUCCCAGAUGACUUUAUGGAGGAUGACGAUCCUAUCAUUGCACCCCAAUAUUCACCAGAAAGUGGUGCCGCACCUGGUGUCUCAUUUGCACAAAGUUACAUGUACCAGCAAGAAAAGACCAUGCUGCCAUGUGAAUUCUGUGAAGCUUCUUUCCCUCAGGAUGAGUUGGUACUGCAUCAGACCGGUUGCAAUCCUAUUGUCAACACGUAUCAGAAGUACCCCAGCGAUGACGAAAGUCCUAUUUUUGACGAGGCAGAGUAUGACCUGUCCACACCCAGCAACAGUGGAGAACCCAACAUCAUUGAUAACCUGGGAUCGGGCAGUCAAGACUGGGUCUCCCGUCCAAUACUCCAGGAUUUCACCGACGGUGAGGAGACCAUGCUGCCCUGCGAAUUCUGUGAUAACCUGUUCCCAUUGGAUUUCCUGGUGCAGCACCAGGCUGUAUGUGAUUUGAACCGUACCCAGACUCCACUGCCAAGACAACGACCAACUCAUUUCAACAUCGAUUCCUCCCCUGUCCUCACAAGACCUAGGCGACAUCAACACGACGUUGAAGACUUGUCUAUAGACAGUGACUCUGAUGAUUCCCCUUUGACAACCAAUGAUAGUAGGAACAGUUAUAUGAGAGGCUUUGGUAUAAACGAUCAUACCACUGGUCAAAAUGUCGCGAAAAAUUCUAGCAGGUAUGGGACAGGGACAAGUUCAACACAAGGGGUGAGGAAGACAAGUGAUUCUGGUUUAAACCGUGGCAGCAAUGCAAGGGCCAAGCGCACACUAGAUGAUUUGGUGAAUAAUCCUGUUCCUUUACAGCCAAAAAAUUACCUAUCAAAUUCGACUAUUGAAGGUAGAAGGGAACGUUCCACUGCUUUCCGUCCCAGCAAGGAUACAAGUACUGCUGGUAAUCCAACGAGAAGAACAGCUACCAACAUCGGAAACAGUUCCAGGGGCACUGCUUUUUCUCGCAAUGAAGAUCCUGAACUCGCUGGUUACCAAGCCAGUUUCGCAAAGCCUAAAUCAGAGGCUUCUAAAAGAGGAAUGAAACCUGUGCCAAAGACAAAUGUUGGUUCAAAUCUGGGAUAUCUUAAUGGCAUGAGAGUCCCAGGGGAAAGGAGUUCUAGACCUGUUGGUAAAGGGAUGUCCUCCACUCAAAAUAAAAAGACGGAUGCAUCAAAAAGAUGAGCAAGUCAAUAGGGUCGCUGCAUUCAUGAAGUUUGAAACGACGACAAUUGCCAUUUUAUCAACUGCAGGCCUGCCACACACGUACAUAUUUAUAUGAACAUGUGGAAUAGUGUAUCGUUAUCAUAUCUUAUUGAAGCACCAAGGUGCUUAAAGUAAAGACUGAGAGUGCUUUUAUCAAAGACUGAGGUUUCAUGGGAAAUUGUUGAAAACAUGAACUGGAAAUUUCUCAUAUUUUAUGGCUUUCCUAUAAAACUUGUAUGAGCAGUAAAGUGCAAUGGCACUCUUGUCCAGAAAACCCAUUCCUCUUUUUCUGGCCUAUUUUUGGCCAUGGAGGCCAAUGCAAGCAAGGAUGGAACAAUAGUUCUAGUCAUGUGCAAGGAGGAUCUGUUAUUCAUGAAUGGCCCUAUGCAAUACGUGCAUGGUAUCAAUGUACCGAUACAUGUAUUAGGAGGCUUAAACACAAUAAGGAAAGUGUUCUUUAUAUGCUUAUGUAUAUUGGUAUACAGUAGUAGCUCUGCUUUAUGUGGCAUGCAAACAAGCAGUUUUUGUUGUUGCAACCAGCGGUUGAAAUUGCUGCAAUUUGCAACAAAAAGAUCUCUCAUCUGCAUAUGAAACCGCUCACUGCCGAGUUUGAUCGAAGGUUACUGCAAACGAGAGAUUUUUGUUGUAUGCGAUCAUCUUCGCAGCUUGCCACAAUUUCAAUCGCAUUGUGCAGCACUUAAAUGCUGGCACAUCAAAUGAUUGUGUGCUUGUUAUUCUGGUCAAUUUUUGUGCCAAAGUCUUGUAAAUAUAUUUGUGCUAAGAGCAUAUCUCAGCUAUUUGUAUAUAUCUCCUCUAUGCUCCAUACUAUAGUCACUUACAUGCAAGUUGGAGGAAAAAUGAUGCGUUUUGGAGGAAUUUGAAUUCACAAUUGGUGUGUGUUUUUUCACUGCGUUCUAAUCGUGUCAUGUACUCUAUAACUUGCUAAAAGCAAGAUGUUUGUAUUGUAAAAUGAUGCACUUGACAACUGUAACAUUUUUCUUAGUUGUAUAAUAGUAGUACAA